UAGAGGACUCUCCACCCCAACCCCCUGGAUAGCUUCACCCUUCCUCUCAUGCUCUCUUCCUCGCACCGCAGCCAAGGGCCCCAGCAGCCAUCCUACCCCUCGCGCUGACCUCUUCCUCUCUCCCCUCGUCCGCCCGCUUCCAACCGCCACCAUCGCUGCCGCGAAUCGAUUUGUUAUUGUUUUUGUGUCUGCGGUCGUCGCGGCGGAUGUAGUGAGCGGGGUUAUAUAGGGGACGGACGGACGGACGGGCGGGUGGAGGGUGGUGAGUGGGGUGGGGUUACUGGUGCCACGGUACUGCUCUACUGCUAGUGUGGCUACUGCUGGUGGUGCUGCUGCUGUUGCUACUGCUGCCAUCGAUGGUGGUAGUGGUAAUGGUGGUGGUAGUGGUCGCGCUCAAGCUUCGAAGGCUCGGCUUCGGUUUUCGGGCCGGCAGAGAGGCGACCAGGGUGAAUAAGCUGCUGCCGCUGCCGCUGCUGCUGCUGCUGCCGCCGCCGCCGCCGCCGGGAAGAGGGAGAGGGGAGAAGUAGAGAGGGUUGAGAGCAGAGGGUCGCGAGGGGCUGCGGAAAGGGAGAAAGAGGGAAAAGGGAUAGAUACGCGGCUCGGAUCAGUGGCGUAGCCGACUUGAGGGAUUCGACCAAAUGAGAAACUUUUAAGGUCCAUGUGAACACACGAGUGAUGUCCUUAUUUCUGAGCCUCUCUCUUAUUGCUCCGUGUUAGACCGCGUUAUCGUUUAUCGGUUCUCGAACGAUAGGAAUAACACACUCGUUGCGGACACAAUACGUAAUCUUACGGGCUCCUGGAAAAUUUGACCAAAUGAAAAAGGGCUGCUCGCGCGCGCCGCUGGCGCCGUUGCUGAAAAGAGCGAGAGGAAACGAGAGGGUUGAAGAUGGAAGCUGGCACAAGGGGGAAACGGACGGGGGUGGCUGCGGAGGAGGGAGGAAAAUCCCCGUGAGGCAUAAGGGGUAAAAGAGAAGAGGAGACGAUCGCGUGGGUUAAGCCGAGAGGGGAUGUAACGUGAAGCCGAACAUGAGAGGGAGAGAGUAGCGUGGAUCGGAUUGCGUCCUCGGGUUACGUUCGGAGUUACGAGAGAGGGAGAGAGAGAGAGAAAUAGUAUGAUAGAGAACGGAGAGGGCUUAAAGGAUAGGAGGGAAGAGGUGUGAGAGAGAAAGAGGGGGGAGGAGGCGCCAAAGAGAGAGAGGAAACAGGCAAGGGAAAGGGGAGGGACACGUCGGCAUCGGCUUGACAGGUGACAACCGAUCGCACCACUGACGUCACAGAUCACUCGACCGAGCACGCGCGCACGCACGCACAGCUACGACUACGCGACGUGCAUGAGGACCGGGUUGUUAUCACACUCGCGUACACCACCACCGUGCACAUCCACCGUGCACACACGUCACGUUCGGCACGUCACGCAGCGCGCGAAAAAAAAGGGGAUAAUUCUGCGACACCGCAGAGGAUGAGACGCGUGCGGGGGAAAAGUACGGAGGCUAAGAGGAACACGAUGAACGUGGUGGGCAAACGUAGGUGGGUGAAAAAGAGCGACGACGAAAGCGAAAACGAAGGAAGAGAGAGAGAAAGAGAGGGAGAGAGCGUGAAACGCUACGUGAAAUACGAGGCAGCAAGUGGUGGAUCGCCCUGAAGACGACGCCGGAGAUGUGAUAAUAGAAGAAAAUGAAUACAAUCCAUAAUAGAUGAAGAGUCGUUUUAUAAAAUGCGCUUUGCGAGUGUUCCGUUUCUAAGCUAGAUGAAAAUUAGGAAGGACAAGGAAGUUGGUUUCGGUUGUAAUGUAAGACAUUGUUGUCCUCUUCACAUAUACUUUAUUAUUAUUAUUUUUAGAUAAGAUGUAUUCUUUUUAUUACCAUUUUCAAAUUUCAUUGUUUGAUACAUUCCAUAUUGAUCCUGUAGAAACUUGAGAACGUUUAUGAUAUAUUAUCAUUAUUAUAUUGCAAUAUUAUUAUAUUAUCAUUAUUAUACUUAACUGAACGUAACAGAAUUAUCCGUUUACACGAAUUUAUAUAAUCUCAAUUUUUAUGUAUGCUUUUCAAAUUAUAUUUUAUAGUUUUCCUAUGCUCGUUUAAUAUUCCCUCAUUACAUUUAAGCAUAAUUACAAUUUAAAAUCGAAGCAGAUCAAUGCCUUUCAGAUAAUUGUAUUUUCGUGUAAAAUGUCGUUACAGUGAAGUACUCCAUAUGAUGUAAAAAUAUGUUUGGUUAUUUUUUGAUAUCGUUUCACAGCGAAACGGAUUUAAUAAAGUAAAAUGAGGCAUAUACUGUCGUGGCAAUAUUUAACGUAUGUACAAUGUAUAUGCAAUUGGUAUAUGUACACGUCAUUCUCGUCGGGGGGAACAGCGCGUCUAGAAACGUUGCAGUCGACGGGUUGGCGAACAUGUGCAUCCGUGUCGCUAGCUGCGAGUCGACGCUAUCUGCGCGCCGCGCGUCUAGUCUCGCGGAUAUCUCACGGGGUCAGGCCAGUUGGCAACAGACCUUUGAGUGGGUCGUGUGUGUGCGUGCCGACGAUCGCGUCCCGUUUCUCCCGUGCUCGGCUGAGCGUUCUCCGUAUCGCGUCCCGGACGCGUCGCAGCGGUGCGGAUUCGACGUUUCCCGAGGGCGAACUGUCCAAUCGCUGUCAUCAUUCGUGCGACGUCGCGCCGACGAUCGGCUGCCAUGGGGCCCGUCGACGGGAUUAUUUGACCCACGGGAACGACUCCAGGCUCGUCGGUGGGAUCGUGAGCUGUCUCUCGUGAGCGCUGCGAAUCGGCAUGCAUUGCCUAGGUGCGGUGACGGGAGGAGGUAUCUCCAGCCCGAAUGGGGUUGGCGGCCGGAGUGGUGUUCUUAGCGUGUUUCGAGCCCUUGGAGUCCUUGUGUGCGAAGGGAGAAUUCAGGGCCCUCCGCGUGGCUACAAAGAGGGUCCACACUGUGCACCGCCCAUGCAAGCAGUCCCGAACGGUCACGUGUGCGAGGAGAACAACUAUCUGUGCAAUCGAUAUCGGAUACUAAUUCAGGAGAUCGUAGAACGCCUUGUUAUUGGAUCAUGUUUAUGCGUGGAAGUGCUUCUAUGCAGCGAUUGUCCCUGCGGUCUGACAAAGUCCACAUGCAAGUACCCCGUGCCACCUUUAUCCAUCUCGCCAUGGCAGAACGCAUCAGAAAUAUUACUGGAGUACUGGUAUAUCUGCAUUGUUCCGAGCAAGAGUCAAGAACCGAUGAAUUUUCAAGGAUUAUACCAAGCGGUGCGUUCGCGAUUGCACUUCAGCCAAGUCGCGGCAUGGUGGUCUCGCAGCAACGGCGCAGAGCCGAGCUACAUAGCCACUCGUAUUGUGUCGCAUAGCGAGGAUAAUCUUGGUAAAUUUCGUGAGACACCAGUGGAGCAUACGUUCCCCCUGGCUGGUAAUGGCGAUGGAAAUUCUAUCAAUGUGACCGUUUGGGCAUUACCACGGAUGGAAGAUGUACCUGUGCUCACGUGUUCGCUGCACCCAAAAAACGAGAAGGACGAGGAAGACAUCGCAAGAGCGUUAACACCCACCAAAAACAUCUCGAUGGGAUCUGUUAGCACGCAGAAUCCUGAGGCUCUUGUCUUGCCUGCUCUUGUGGAUGAUAGAUUGCAAACUACUUGCAACAAAUCAGGCAAGCACGAUUGUCGUUGUGAGGAGGAGGACACGUCCCCUCUGUCGCCCACCAUCAGAUCUAACGGUGAACGGAAACGUCGCCGAUCGCUUCCCUGCGGACCGGCGGACAGUCCAUGCGUGAGCUCGCAACCUGCGCCGUUGCCGUCUCUUCAAGAGAACAUCCUGCAGGAGGGAGGCGCUGCCGGGAUGAUGAACAACAACCGUAGCGCGAUACGGACUCUGCAGAACAAAUCGGAGAACAGGAACGAGGUGAAGACUCGUAACAAUCUGAACUCGGAUCACCUGGAGCGCUGUUUCAAGGUACAGCUGAACAUCGAGGAGCGGGAGGGUAAUUUGGAGAAACGUUGCAAGCGUACAACGACGGAAGUACCGGAAGUUGCUAACUCGAAGAUCUAUGUUGAGGAGAGUUACAAUAACAGCAUUAAGAACUCGGCAGCCAAUCCUGGCAGAGGGUCCAGUGACUCAUCGGAGAUCAUAUCGUCGACCAAGAGCGGCGGACUGCUAGACAAUCUUCAUCCUUUCGUUCCCACCUGGUCCUUCGUCUCUUCUUGGCAAAACAGCAAUCUAAACAGCAAGUUUCAGAGUUUUCGCAGUGCAAAGGAAGCCCGCUUCAACGAAUCCGAAAGGAGUUACAAAUCGCCGAUCGCCAAGGACGCACCGAAUCAUCCUUCAAUCGAUCCGUACGGCCAAUCUAAUCCUUUCCACAAGUCGAAUCCCGGGCCCUCAACGUACAAAUGCAUGCAGAAACUAGAAAAUUCUACUUGCACACCAGCCGUACACCAGAGUUGCUUUAAGAAUGUCAAUAAGAUCGUCGCGACGGCGCAAGUAUCGCCCGGCCAGGACGCCUUGGAGGACAACAAGGAGGACAAUACCGUCAAAGGUGGAAAUCAGAAGAAAACUGGCAAAUCAGACUUGAGUCAAUUUAUGUGGAAGUUAUCGACUCCCGACGAGAAGGAUAAGAAAGAGGAGGGAGGAUUGCUGGAGUGGUUCAGUAAGGUGCCCGGAAGAGUUCUGGGUGUCGCGGCUGUGAAAAGCUACGUCGACAGCAACAAGACGAAGAGCGGAAAUGUGAAACAGCCGGAGCAUCCGAGCAAGCAGCCAAAUACCAAUGAAAUCAAAUUCAAGAACUGCAAUCUGGAGUUGAGUCAGCGGGAAGUCGAUGAGGUACUAGCGGUGCUGCGAGCGAGGACACCAUCGGGACGUAAAAGAGCUACUGUUAAGAACACGAGGAGACGCGGAGAACGCCUCGACAGAACCGGCGAGGAUUCGGCGGAGAAGGUUCCGACAAAGUGCACGACCUCGGAAGGUUCCAACGUGACAAACGGCGGUCACGUAAAGUCUUGUGAGGAUUGCAAUCGCAGAUCGUACAAAGUGAAUCAUCGGGUAUCGGUAUCGGAGGAGCAGUCAAAUUCUUUAGAUCGAGUCUAUUACGAUAAAAAUGUUUACCAACCCGCGCGUUCAAAAUUCGCCGCAAAUAUAAAUAAUCUGAACGAGCCUGAACAAUCCGACUCGCGGAAGUACGCGCGAGCGGAAGUGGACGCGAAUGAGGAUCGCUUACAGAGUGUCUCUACUAAGGCGGAUGUACUACUCGGCGCUAUUUUACGGACCAACAAGGACCGGAAGGAUUUGUCGAAUGUUUCAUCAAAUGGGACCAGACCAAAGUCAGCGACUAGCAUUGAAGAUGACAGUAGCGACGAUGAUUCUUCAUGCAUCAAGCUUAAUCAGCAGGAUCGCAGAACCGCUGCCUUCUCUUCCAACGAUGAGAAGUUCCUGCCACUGGCGGUAAACAAGAGAUUGUAUCGGUUCCGGCAACUAUUCAAGAAGGAAACAGACAAGGAACUCGCCGUGAUGACGGAGGAGAGCUCGUCUUCGCCGGAGACCUCACCGAGCCCGACGCCGCUGCCGCAACGUUACAACCCAAUAUCUUAUAACAGCCGUUAUAACAACGAACAACCGAAUUUGCACAACGCGAGGAGCAACAAGGCGAAACGGCGAAUCGACUUCCCGGACGUCACCGUGGAGAAAGAGCGUGCCACGGUGACUCCGGAGCUCAGUACAAAAGACGCACAUCAAAAGCCACUCAUAAUGCAUAGUACAAAUAAUGCGAUUGAUCGCGAGUGCGGCUCCGUGGGCCUAAACAACCGGCAAGAUCAACAUUGUGAUAGGCGACUAUUUGUUGGCGUGAAGGAUGAAGAGCUCGACGAGGACGAGGAGAAUGAUGUCGCAAAGAAAGAUAUCGCUGUUCAGAAGAACAAUUUGGCUACUUCGAUUAUUCCGCAGAGCGGACAUUCGUCUUCCAAGAUCUUACGUAACAACAAUAACAAGGACGGCAUCGCGGAGAUGGUAGACGAUGAGGCGGUCGAUAAGAGUGUACCAUCCGCCCUCGAACAGGAGAGAUUUCGCAGAUCCCUGGAGAAUGCGGCGUCAAUGGUGUUUCACAGCAGGACUGGUCUGCCAUUGACCUCUAGUCCGGCGCCAUUGAGGAGAGGGAGCUGUUGCUUCGACUACGACAGCAGCCUGAAUUCCGUCUCCUCCAAGAGAAACGCGUUGUUUGAAUUAAAUACACCACCGAGUCCGGGUGCGGUCUCGCUGGAGGAAACCGAUCGCGAAACAGAAACGACCGGCGAAGGCGAGGAGACGCCGAAAAGACGCUCCAGCUCCCGCAACCGGCCGCAGAGUCAUGCUCUUUUAGGCAGCUUCGAGGAGUCGGCGUUGAAUGGCAGACUCGAACCGGUAUCUACGGUUCAUGGUUUCACAGCGGAACUUGGGGCCAGCGGUUCCUUCUGUCCGAAGCAUCAGAAACUUCCAGUUACCGUGUUCUUCUACACGCUUGGUGACAAUGAUAAAGUCUCCACGCCAUAUCUUGCUCAUAUUAAUCUGGAGAAAAAGGGCUAUCAAGUACCAAGAAGUGGUACCAUCCAAGUGACACUUCUCAAUCCUUUGGGUACCGUUGUUAAGAUGUUCGUGGUACUGUAUGAUCUUACCGACAUGCCGCCGCGAUCUCACACUUUUUUACGUCAAAGAACAUUGCGAGACAAAACACUGCGCUACCUCGUUCACCUUAGAUUUAUGUCCAGCAAAUCAGGUCGAAUUUAUUUGCAUACGGACAUCCGUAUGAUCAUCUGUCGCAAAUCCGACGUGGACACGGCGUCAGACUUGGGAUCGGAGCCGCCGAAAGAACUUAGGAGCUACAUCCACGGUCCCACGAAUCCGAAAUUUUCGCCAAGGUGCUGAGCCACGUGGUACUUUCCAUGGGGCUGCUGCCAAUCGUUCCGCCCGCCCAGUCCCCUUCAGGUCGAGAUAUAACUGACGAAUGAUCUUGCAAGAUCCAAUCUGAAAAACAGUUUUUUUUCCUUCUUCUGAUACUUAAUUCCGUUCUUUUUUAACCCUUUGCGGUUACCGAUGCGAGCAAUUACGAUUUCUGUGGUGAUAUAAAAAGAAGUAACUAAAACGUUAUUAUUAUUAUUAUUGUUUAUUAUUAUUAUUAUUUGUAAGCGUUGUUCCCAAAAUCUCUUGGAACAUCUUGGUAGUAGAGUAAACCUAAGUUGCUGCGUUGAUAAUGUUAAGAUAUAUAUAUAAUAUAAUGAGAAAUAUAACUCUCAAAAUUACUGGUAAACAAUUAUUUCUUUUGAAAUCACUUCAGAUCGCAAAGGGUUAAGGAGGUUCGAGAGAGUAGAAAAAACGCAAGCACAGAACAAGACACAUUUUUCUGAAAUAUUAUCAAACAGAUUUCGCCGUUCGUGUUGGGAUAAUAAUACAUAUUUACAAUUAUUAUAUAUAUAUACAAUUAUUUUGUUUCUUUUCGGGAAAAUUGAUCAACGCAUCAAAAGUUUUGCUUACAUUAUUCUCGAAGAAGAAAAUUAAGUCUUAUAUUUUUGUACAUUAGCGAUUAAGUUCCAACACGACUGGUUGGUACAAUUGAACAUAAAAGUGAACGAGAUAUUGGUAAUGCACUCACGGUGUCAUUUUGGUCCAUGGAUUACGUCUGCAGUAUAGAAUGCCGCGUAUAAAUAAAAGUAGGAUAAGUUCGCGCAGUUUCUUCAUUUUUGCAGCGUAACAAUAGUUCGAAAUUAUUUCGUUACAUUAAGCCGAUAUCUUUUUCUGUUUCUAAUCUCUAACGUGUAAUAAUCGUAAAUGGAAAUCGGUUAACUCACAGGAAACUCGCAGUAGGAAUUUACUUCGAACUUUCUUUGUCUUAUAUGUCUAUUGUAAUCGAUACUAUAGCAUAUAUGUUGCUAACCGAUUCAUUUAUGAGGUUUAUUACGAGCUGGACGAUCUCGUUGGGAGGCCAUUUUCUCAACUUAUUGCUGUAAAUAUAGUCAAGUAUAGAGAGUACACAUGUAAGUCGAGUAAGAGUUUUUAAGCAGGAUGAUACUGCCAUUGUCUAUAUAUAUAGCACCCUAUGUUAAAACGAAAAAAAAAGUGAUAUGAGCGUGGAAGAACAACAAUGAAUUCGGUCUCUCGUGCUGAUCGAGGAAUAUAAAUAUCGAGGAAGAUUUAAACGUGUGAUAAAAACGCUACGUGCAAUGAAAAAGUACAAAGUUAUUCGUGUGUCAUUUCGUGUUUCCUCAGAUAACGAAAUUGCAAGUUUUGACAAGAAUGGAAAAAUACGGAGAAAUGGUGGAUUUUUCCUGGAAACCGAUUGUGAUUUUUGUGAUUUGCGUCAAUGUGAUGUAUUCUUUCUUUUUUACAAUUCGACAAGUCCGAGUGACCGAAAUGCAGGAGUUCUUUUCGGGUAUGAAAAACAUACACACACACACAUGAUACAUACACAACACACACACACACACACACACACAAAUAGAUAGAUAGAUAUUUAUAUAUUUGUGUGUGUUGCGUGUAUAUACAUAUAUAUGUAUAUACGUAUAAGCCAGAACACAAUCUUUGUGUCCGUAGCACUGUGAUGAAUAUUUUGAUAGAAUAUAAAGAAGAAUUAUUAUUAUAUUACAAAAUAACUAUUUCUGAAUAGCAGAGAAAUAUACAUUGCAAGUUUAAUCGAUUCUACUAAUAUGUCUUGCGAGGAAAUAGUUGUGCGCGAUUUACUAACUAGCCUUAAGGCUGAUUUCGCCCGGUUUAGAGUCGUUUAAAACGGACGAACGUGAUGAUGCGUUUUUCGCCAUUUCCUUUAUUUUUCUAAAGACAUUUCGUGGAUUGCGCGGAAGAAUUGCGCAAACGAUUGAGGGAGAUGCUGUACUCGAUCGAUUGUCAUCAAACACGCCUGAUUUACGGUUUAUAAGGAGGCUUGUAAUUGCGUGAUUUAUUGAGUCUUUUCGCUUUUUGUUGGAUUAAUGCAAUUGAAACGUACUAUUACACAAAAAUUUAAAAAACUUACGUUUAAAUAUUAGAGAAACGGUUCACAGCACUUUUGGAGCUUAAUAUCCAUUUUAUCGACUCUGAUUUUGUUAUUAAUAAGCGUUAGUAAAUAAAAACUUAGCGCGUUGAAUUACAGAGUUUAAUUAUGAGUUAUACUGAUGAAAUGAUUCUUUAUGUUAUGAUUAUAUAAAAAUUUUACUGUUAGAUUUCUUUGCAUUAUUUAGUUUUUCAUAUAUUUUAUUGUACAAUCUAACUGCGUUAUAAUUACAAAAAGCGAAAA